AUGACGACCUCAGCACUGCGGCGCCAGGUGAAGAACAUCGUGCACAAUUACUCCGAGGCGGAGAUCAAGGUACGAGAAGCCACCAGCAAUGACCCCUGGGGACCGCCCAGUUCCCUCAUGUCAGAGAUCGCAGACCUGACCUUUAACACGGUGGCCUUUGCCGAGGUCAUGGGCAUGCUGUGGCGGCGGCUCAAUGACAGUGGCAAGAACUGGCGGCACGUGUACAAGGCACUGACGCUGCUGGACUACCUGCUGAAGACGGGCUCGGAGCGCGUGGCCCACCAGUGCCGCGAGAACCUCUACACCAUCCAGACACUCAAGGACUUCCAGUACAUAGACCGGGAUGGCAAGGACCAGGGGGUAAAUGUGCGCGAGAAGGUCAAGCAGGUCAUGGCUCUGCUCAAGGACGAGGAACGCUUGCGGCAGGAGCGCACGCACGCCCUCAAGACCAAGGAGCGCAUGGCGCUGGAGGGCGUCGGCAUCGGCAGUGGGCAGCCGGGCUUCAGUCGUCGGCACUGCGAUGACUAUGGCCGUUCCCGUGGGUCCCCAUCCUCCUACAACUCUUCCUCCUCAUCCCCCCGUUACGCCUCAGACCUGGAGCAGGCCCGACCCCAGACAUCAGGCGAAGAGGAGCUGCAGCUGCAGCUGGCCCUGGCCAUGAGCCGUGAGGAAGCUGAGAAGCCGGUACCCCCGGCCUCCCACAGGGAUGAGGACCUGCAGCUGCAGCUGGCUCUGCGUCUGAGCCAGCAAGAGCAUGAGAAGGAGGUGAAGUCCUGGAGGGGAGAUGACUCCCCCAUGGCCAACAGUGCUGGGGCUGCAGCCCGCCGAUGGCGGGAUCGGGAUCGGGAUCGAGAUCGAGAGCCCCAGAGAGAAGAGAAAAAGGAGACGCUGAAAACCAGCCAGUCCUCCUUCCUGGACUUGGCUGACAUCUUCGCAUCUGCCCCGGCCCCACCCUCCACACACUGUUCUGCUGACCCAUGGGACAUCCCAGGUCUCAGGCCAAGUACAGAGUCUGGAGGCUCUUCCUGGGGGCCUUCUGCAGACCCCUGGUCUCCAGUCCCCUCAGGAAAUGCCCUUUCCCGAAGCCAACCCUGGGACUUGCCCCCUACACUUUCCUCCUCUGAGCCCUGGGGCCGGACCCCAGUGCUGCCUGCUGGACUCCCCACCACAGACCCCUGGACACUGACCUCCCCCCACCACAAACUGCCCAGCACUGGAGCCGACCCUUGGGGGGCCCCUGUGGAGACUUCCAACACACCUGGUGGUACCUCAACCUUCGACCCAUUUGCCAAACCUCCAGAAUCCAGAGAGACCAAGGAGAUGCUGGAGGGUGCCCAGGCCCUGACCUCUGGGAAGCCCAGCAGUCCUGUGGAGGCACUGAAAUCCCAGGGAGUGGAACUGGACCUCUUUGGAGACCCAAUCCCCAGCUCCAAGCAAAAUGGCACGAAGGAGCCAGAUGCCUUUGACCUGGAUGUGCUGGAAGAAGCGCUAACCCAGUCUAGUACCGAGACCCGAGCCUGCAGGACUCCUGAGUCCUUCCUGGGCCCCUCAGCCUCUUCCUUGGUCAACCUUGACUCGUUGGUCAAGGUACCCCAAGCCUCAAGAACCCGAAACCCCUUCAUGACAGGUCUCAGUGCUCCAUCCCCUACCAACCCUUUUGGCGGGAGCGAGCCUUGCAGGCCUACCCUGAACCAGAUGCGCACCGGGUCGCCAGCGCUGGGCCUGGCGGUGGGCGGGCCCAUCGGGGCUCCCCUGGGCUCUAUGACCUACAGCGCCUCCAUGCCCCUCCCGCUCAGCAGCGUGCCUGCCAGCGUGACCCUCCCGGCCUCGGUCAGCGUCUUCCCGCAGGCUGGCACCUUUCCGCCGCAGCUCACUAGUCUGCCGCAACCGCUGCUGCCCACGUCAGGCUCUACCGGGCAGCCGAACCCGCCCCAGCCAACAACAGGCUGCAACCCCUUCCUCUGA